UAGUACCACGCAGUUGUGAGGCUGGUUGCGGAGACAACAGGUGAACAUGGCUGAAGAUGUGUCUGUUCCUGCGGAGACUUUAAGAAACGGUCUGACGCUGCUGUUAAAUUUGGGUAAAAUUCUGCUGCAGAACGCCAAACAGGAAGCAGCAGACUCUCUGGAGACUUUUGUACCCUAUAAAAUCACCACUUUAUUUGGCCUUGUCACAGCCGCAGCAGAUUUAUACAGAAGUCUUGGGGUGAAGAAGAAAAGUGAGGCAGAGGCCAUUUGGCAGAAGUCUUACCACCAUGAAGCAGUGAGAGAGCAGGUGGAGGAGCUGCUGCAGCUUGAGAGUGAGUGGGACUCUUUCCUGCAGGAUCUGGACAAACGUCUGCAGAUGACAGAUGAGCAACUAUCAGGACAACAGGCUGCAGACAGCCUGAGCCCCGACUCUCUGUUCACCGAUGUACGGAGCGAACAGAGCGUUGCACUCGGACAAUUCCUGGGUCGGGGUCAGAAGCUGCUGCUGGUUCUCAUCAGACAUGUUGGAUGACUACCGUGACGAGACCACGUGGCCGAGCUGGAGGCCAAUCAGACCCUCCUGGAAGCUCGGUCAGUGCGGGUUUUGGUGGUUUCCUUCGGCGGUGUGGAGGGAGCCAAGCUGUGGCUGGAACAGACUGGGUGCACCUUCAAGAUGUUGCUGGAUCCCGAGAGGAAGAUCUACAGGAGCUUCGGCCUCGGCUCGUCCUACGCCAAGGUGAUGAAGUUCAGCUGCCUGCUGCAGUACUCCGAGUACUCACUUGCACAAAGAGACCUCCCUGAUAUCCCUCCUCGUCUUCUGGAAGACAUCUACCAGAUGGGAGGAGACUUUUUGCUGGACGACACAGGGAAGGUUCUUCUUUCUCACCCGUGUAAAAACCCUCUGGACAGACCGAGCCUGGCAGGCAUCCUGCAGGCCGCAGACUCUGCAGGAAGUUCCACCAACUCUUAAUAGAAACAUCAAUCUGUGAAACAAAAACUUGAGAACAAAUGAGGCCUAAAACGUCGCUGACACCACAGAAGAAGAGCAGCUCUUCUCUUCACGUC